AUGCGUGAACACUGGGCGUCAGCGUGGCAAGAGUCGAGGCAUUCGCCAGUGCGGCCACGCAUGUUGGACUGUGAUUGCGGCUUUGUGAGUGGCUAUGAGAACAUGAGAACAUGGCCUCCAAGGCGCGGGGUGAACAAGAGAACGAGGAAAGGGAGGCCAUGGGACAUAAUUUGGAUAUGUUUCGGGAGAAUUUGA